AUGGUUGUGUUUGCAGAGAGUGAAGUGAAGAGUGAGGGUGAUGGGCUGCCGGUGUUCCAGGAGUAUUCUUUUGAGCAGCUCCGGCUUGCUACAUUUGGGUUUGCGGUAGAGAACAUUGUGUCCGAGCAUAGGGAGAAGGCGCCUAAUGUAGUGUACAAGGAGAAGUUAGAUGCGCAACGCAGGAUUGCUGUUAAGCGGUUCAAUCAUGCUGCAUGGCCUGAUCCUCGCCAGUUCUUGGAAGAAACGAGAUCUGUUGGUCAACUUAGAAGCCAAAGAUUGGCAAAUUUACUUGGCUGCUGUGCUGAAGGCGAAGAGAGGUUGCUUAUUGCUGAAUAUAUGCCCAAUGAUACUCUUGCUAAGCACCUUUUUCAUUGGGAAGCACAACCUAUGAAAUGGCCUAUGCGAUUGAGGGUGGUGCUUUAUCUCGCCCUCUAGGCAUAUGCUGAAAACCAGGUCCUGGAUGUUCAUCUGUCGAGUAUGGAUCAAC